CUUUUCUAUUAAUACCAGGACGCUAAGAUCUCCAAUCAAAGAGGAAAAUUAGAAACAAAAUUUUAGGGCUCUGAAAAAAAGGAAGGAAGAGAGAAAUGGCUUUGCCGAAGGCUAAGGAGACUGUUUCUGCCAAUCCCGUUGUUGUUUUCAGCAAGUCGUACUGUCCUUACUGUGUGAGCGUGAAGAAGUUGCUUCAACAAAUUGGAGCCUCCUUCAAGGCAAUUGAGCUCGACAACGAAAGUGAUGGAGCUGAAAUUCAAGCAGCUCUGGCUGAGUGGACCGGCCAGCGGACUGUGCCCAAUGUUUUCAUUGGCGGGAAUCACAUUGGUGGCUGUGACACCACAAACGCCAUACACAAGGAUGGGAAGUUGAUUCCUCUCCUAACUGAAGCUGGAGCUGUUGCUAAACCUUCUGCUUAGAAUAGAGUUCUGCUGCACGUUGUCUAUAAUAAUACUAGAAAAUAAAUAUGGACUUUGGUUUGGUUCAUGUUUAUUCGCUUUUCAGCUGAAUCCUUAAUGAUAUUGGAUUUGAGUUAUGGUUUCA